AUGUCCGCCGCAGUGUCGUCCUCGCUGGGCCGCGCUUUUACCAAGCGCCAGAAGCGGCCAGAGGUGUCCGCCCCCAUGCCCUUCCGCGAGGGACAGCCUCGUUUCGCUGCCGGAACCAUCAAGCGAUCCAAGAUAUCAGCGCCAGUCGAGCUGCUGUCCACCACAAACCUGCUUGCAUACACUGCACCAGACAUCCAGAAACAUGGCAAUCAGGGACACGGUCACAAGAACCAGCCAGUUAUCUCGCGACCCAUCAUCCAGCGCCAACACUCAAACCUCCAACAUUCCACAUCAUCUUCUUCCUCCUUCCGAUCAGCAGACGAGUCCGACGCCAGUAACUCGUUACACACCCCUAGCACCACAAUUACCUCUCCGUCGCUUCCAGGUUCGACAGAGGCCUCACCUGUCCUGCGAGACAACGGCCACCAAAACCUGACCGGCUACUUCGACCAGCAAAAGGAUGGUCCACCAAAGGCACCACAAGCUUCCCUGGAACAGAGCGCUCCUCCACCUUCCAUCCCCACCCGUGCACUUAGCCAUACCAAGAAGUCGCACCAGGAACUCUCUCGCCAACGGUCAAACUCCUCAAACGCCUCGGCGGGUCGACGCACCCCAUCUUUAUCCAACACGUCUUCUCCAAACCCCACCUCUCUCUCCUCAACUCACGCCGCACACUCCGCCGCCGCCGCCGCCUCCUCCUCCUCCCGCUCACAUGCACAAGACGUUCAUGCUCACCCAUUCGGCAAAGAGCUAGAACAAGUCAACGAGGUCGCAGAGGAGUUUUCCGCUGGUCAACUCUUCCGAGACGAAGACGAGAAGACCCUCGCCGCAAAGGGCCUCGUCAAAGUCGAUGUAGUAGAGUACCUUGAGGAAGUCAAGGGCGUGUACGCCUACGUCUUUGGCGGAGAUGUCGCCAAGCGGGACUGGAUCUGA